ACCAACAUCACGGGGACUCAAAUUUCCAAUUUCAUCAAGACUUUUGAAGGCUUAUCAGUAAGAAAUUUUAGCUAUGAUGAUAAGCUCCCACUGGGGCUUUGAUUUCGGCUCAUCUAAUGACUUGCAGCCAGUUUUCAAGCAUCUUUGGAUUGAAAAUGUCUGUGCUUUCGCUAGCUCUGUUCGCACUCCUGUCUUUCGACCAGGGAUCAGCUAAAUUGCUGGAUACAAAUUGUGCGCCCUUCGUAGAGUAUGGCCUAAGAAUAAUCGGUGGUGAAGACGCCCAAAACUACUAUACCCCCUGGAUUGCCAGCUUAUACAACAGUGCAAAAGAGUUCAUAGGCGCUGGAACGCUUAUUAACAAACGAUUCGUUCUAACAGUUGCGCACGUCUUAGAAGGUAAUCUAGAAUUCGUGCGCUUGGGGGAAAAAGACAGAUCGUGCAUAACAUCAAACUGCUCAGUCAUUAAAGAGUAUUCAGUAGACCGGGCCAUAAAGCAUCCCUAUUACUUCAACCGUAAUAAUAAACUUCUCAAGAACGAUGUAGCUAUGCUAAGACUAAACUUUGAUGUGGAGUACAAUGAGUUUAUUAAGCCAAUUUGCAUCAUCGUGGACGAAGAAGUAAAUUUAGCGGAUAUAAACAAAAUUAGGGCUUUCGGCUGGGGUGUAACCCAGCCAUUCGGAAGGGAAUAUAGUGAUACUCUGAAAACUAUUUUUCUGGAUCUCCGGAGCUCACAAGAAUGCCUUCAAUCCUUGAAUGUAAGCAUCACCGAUGAGCAGAUCUGCGCCGGAUCAGCCACUGGAGGUGACACCUCUACAGGUGACUCCGGUGGUCCGAUGGCGGGGAAUUACAUCUAUGAGGGGAAAAAUAAAUUCGUUCAAAUUGGGAUCGUGAGUUACGGUUCCCAAGGAGGUAACAACUCUGCCAUUUACACUAAUGUUUUGAGACACCGAAAAUGGAUACUUUCUGUGCUGCGAACCCAUGGGCAGCGCCUUUUAUAUGAGGAGUGCGGUGGGUUUGGCACUUGGCCCUUUUUCGGAAGUGAAUUUGAAGACGGGCCUUAUGAGUUAAUAGCGUGCACGCAAAUUACCGAUCGUUUCUGUCUGACUUCUGCAACUUCGUUAAGCCAGUUCUCCAAUUACGUGUGGGUGCCAUUGAAUGGAAAUGCUUCCUGGAAAGCUGAGAUCCAAAUACACCCCGAGUUCUACGUUUCGCGAGGACAAAUGAGGAACAAUUUAGCUUUGCUCAAGCCACCUCCGAGGGUGUCAAUACCAGAGUUUGAGAAACCACCGUGCAUUGAAGUGAACACUAUUUUAUCAGCAACGUUUCCUGGUAAUCGCCUUUUAAUUAAAAAUUACCCUGAUCACGUGGUUGUGGGUCGAGGAGCUUAUAGUACCAGACAGGGCACCAAUUCCUCGCGGUACUUUCUGGAGGCCAUAUUUAGCCAUAUUGAUCAGUAUGGUGAGGAGUAUUAUAUAAAUGUUUCAGCGUACGAGAAGUGGAUACGGGAAGUGGUUGAAAAAUAAAUGUUUUUAAUAAUAAUAUUCAAAAAUACAAAACAAACUGGACAACAUUGA